UCGUUGAAGAUCCUGUUUGUCAAAUUGCAAAUGCGUCGUUAGUGCCCGAGCAUUAAUAUAGAUUGAGUCGGUUAGUAUUUAUUUGUUUUGGCCAAAAUCGACAAGCGGAGAAGAAUUUCUACCAUAAGAAGAAGAAAGUUAUCCAGAUAAUUGAGAAUAAAAAAAAAGGUUUAAACCCGCAUAGGAGACAGGAGACUUGGUACAUAGAACAAGGUCAAUAGCACCAUCUGCCCAUGGCCAAGGUAGCACAAACUUUUUCCCGGAAAAAAGGUAGAAGAAACUCAAUAUGCCCCAUGGGAAGAUCCACAUCAUUGUGAUGACCUAUGGCAUCCAUGAUAUGUCGACUCCGACUUCACAACAACAAUAAUGCUGCCAUGGCAGAAGUCUGCGUACUGACUAUGUGUGCACCUUUUUAGCUGAUUAGGUAAGUUUAUUAGCUAUAUAUUUGGAUUAGUCUUAGUCCACGGCCGAAAAUGCUGCCGUGAAAGCCAAAACGUCUGCCAUGGCAACAAAUUCUCCCACGGCCCAAGCACUACCAUGGCAGCGAAAAAAGCUUCCAUAGCCGCACCGACGACCACUGGUGCACUUAAGCGAGUGCGCGCAAUGAAAACACUCUCAAGGAUCUCAUCUUCCUCCCGAACCGUCGGUACAUGGACAUGCCAGAGAAGCAGCUAUCAUGUGGUGGCGGCGUCCCUGUCAUCGGAGAGGAGUUCGACGACGACGAUGACGACCCUGACUACGAGCUCCAUCUUGCUCUGGUUGAAGAAGCCGGAUUGUUCCAAGAAGUCGAGAAGCACGAGUGCUGGCGAUGCGGCAUGAUGGAGGAGAUGGGCUCCAUCGAAGCCAACAACACACUGCGCCUUGUGGAUCUCCCUCCUGGUCAUCCCUCAGUCGGUUUGAAGUCGGUCUACUAUGUAAAAGAGGAUGCAGGUGGCGUCCUGGUGAAGUACAAAGACAGGAUCAUCGCAAAGGAGUAUGUCCAGAAGCACGAUGUCGACUACGAUGGAAUAUUUGCUCUGGUGGCGAGACUCGAGUCCGUACGCCUCCUCGCUCUCACGGCACGCAUAGGCUAGAUAGUCCACCACAUGCCUUUCUCAAUGGUGAACCUGAAGAGGAGGUUUACAUGCCACAACCUCCAGGGUUGUUCGUCGCUGGCGAGACCAACAAGGUGCUCAAGCUGGACAAGGGGCUCUAUAUAUGGCCUGAAACAAGCCACGCGCUUGGAACACCAUGGUGGACGCGUGCUUCAUGUCGCUUGGGUUCAGCUGGUGCCCUUUAGAGCACGCGAUGUACACUAUGGGCACUUCAACGUCAUGGCUGGUGGUCGGCGUCUACGUCGAUGAUCUGAUAAUCAUCGGUUCGAGGAGGAGAUCACACGCUUCAAAGGUGAGAUGCAGGCAUUGUUCGAGAUGAUAGAUCUCGGGCAACUCGAAUAUUACAUGGGGAUCAAGGUGCGGCAGCACGACGCCAACAUUGACCUCUGCCAGGCCGGGUACGUAGUCAAGAUCCUCCACAAGGGGGUAUGGCGGGCUGCAACCCGUGCCAUGUUCCCAUGGAGCCGCGCUUUAAGCUGAGUAGGGUGAGCUCAGCCAGCCAGACACCAUGGAGUACGGGAGCAUCAUUGGCAUGCUCUCUACCUCAUCCACACCAGGCCGGAUUUGUCCUUCUUCGUCGACUAAGUGUCACAGUUCAUGCAGAGCCCACGACGAAGCACAUGGCGGCGGUGAAGAACAUAGUGUGCUACGUUGCAGGAACUCUGCACCCACAGAGGGCCCCUAAUCGGCUACUCCCUCCGUCCGGAAAAAGUUGUCUCCGACAACAUUUUGCGAAAAGCACCUCUCCUUUCUUCCGACAAACUAUGCAGCCCUCACUCCGACCGCUUCCCUGCUCCGUCGCCUCGCAACGCGCCGGCCGCCUGCUCCAUCGCCUCGCCACGCACCGGACGCCUUCUCCCCGUCGUCUCGCCGCUUCUCUUUGUCCGCACCAGGAAAUCAAGAGGGAAGCGAUCCCCUUUUCUGCAAAUCCCGCGACUUGCCGGCUCCGGCGGCGGCGCUCAUGUCCUAGAGGCAGGUCCUCGAGCUCCUCCUCCCGACCCCGAGCUACUCGUCCUCGAGCUGCUGCAGAAGUCAACGGCAGUUGCUCCUCCUCCAGGUCCUCAAGCUACUCCUCCAGGUUCUCGAGCUCCUCGCCCUCUUCGCUCCACCGGCGCCGCCGCCGCCGCUUCUGCUUCUGCUGCCCGCCCGCCCACCGCUCAGCGAUUGGAGGUGGACUUGCUGCAGAGGAAUGGAUCUUGCUUCCGUUGAUCUCAGAUUUGUAUUUGUUCUGCUGAGUAAUUGCUAUUGGUGGUUCUCAAAAGGAAUUCAAGAGCAUGGGGAUCGAAAAGCCAAUCUGUAGUACCACUCCUUUUGUAGGUCUUCGUCCACUCAGAGAAUGCCUUUGGAGUUUGAAGGUAGAGCGGUAUAUCCAUGUAGACAAGUCGUAUAUUUUGGUGUAGUUAGGUCUCUUAUGAAGUAUAUGUUGCUAAUCAUACAUGUAUUUUACAAUCAAUAUGGAUAAUAUAAGUAUAAAUUUGCCUGAA